AUGGCAUCCUAUGUGAAGGGCCCCGAGGUCUUCAUCGCUGCCGAGCGCGUACUCGCAUUGACGCCAGAAGAGCGCCAAGCGGUGGGAGAGCGCGCAAGAAAGCAGUACAUGUUCGAUACACAUUUCUUCGCAGCCUGGAUGAAUGAGCUGCGCGAUCUGGCUUGGGCAGGGACCGUGUCCUGGUUGAUGAGCAUACGAGACAUCAAACCUGCACAAUUUGCCUUCGGCUACGUGACAACUUCGCCGAAUGCAAAUGCGGCCAAUGCUUACAAGACACGAAAUGACCUGACUAUAGCCCGGCCGUAUCCAACGCGCAAGGUGAAGGCUGCAGAUGCGCCGCCGUAUGGUGACGAUACGAAUGGUGGACUCUCUCUAGUCUUCGACAAGUCCAUUCUUCUACACGUUAUUGCGGUACCGAUGGCGAGCUGCUGUCGUUGGGACUCAAGAAAGAUCAAGAAGUGGGAAGGUGGGCGCGUAACCACCUCACCGAGAGCAUAA